AGACCCGAGCCCUGCGGCCCCUCGGCCGGGCCGCCCACGGCCCGCCCCGUUCCGCGCCCAUGGUGCACGGGCCGGGCGGCCCUCGCGCGGCGCGGCCGCCGCCCCCGGCCGGCCAAGGCUACGCCGCCUACGGCGUCGGGGUGCCCAGCGACGCCCCGCAGGCCGCCGGCGACCGGCAGGCGGCCCCGCUGCCGAUUGACGCGCGGCGGCUGGCCGCCGGGGCCGCCCCGGGCCGCGUGCUCGCCGCGGGGGCCACGCCGGCGCUGCAGGCAGGGCCCGCGGGGGCUGCCGCCCCGGUGACCCUGCACAUCUACGACGUCUCGAACAAGAGAAGGGUCCGCUUUGCGAACAACGUCCUCGGCCUGAUGGGCUCCGGAGCCUACCACGCGGCCGUCGAGGUGUAUGGGAGAGAAUGGAGCUAUGGCUGGAAGGCGGGUGGCUCUGGCGUCUUCAGCACGACCCCGGGCGGCUGCCAGGCGCACCACUACCGCAAGCCGAUCCCGAUGGGCAACACCGAGUGUACACAGGAUCAGGUCUACGACAUAUUGCAGUCGAUGGCCGCCGAGUGGAGGGGCAAGGACUACAACCUGCUGAGGCACAAUUGCACGCACUUCUCGGACACGUUCUGCCAGGCCAUGGGCUUGGAAGGCCUGCCGCGUUGGGUCAUGAGCCUCGCGGCGUCCGGCACCAAACUGCAGGAGGCCAACCACCUCGGCUACGAGGCGCGGUCUGGCUCGCCAGAUGGCCACACCGGGUACGGCGACCUGCCCCGUGGGCUGCUCGAGUUGGGCCGCUCGCGGCGAGAGGAGGUGGGUGGCUGGAGACUGUUCGACUUCACGCGAGGCAUCGGCGUGCUCUGCGGGUGCGAGUGAGGGUGCCCUUCGUCAUCCUCUUCCUGACCCCCUGUGGCUGCGAUGACGAGCUGUGGAGGCAGGUGCAAUCCACGUGCACUCGCAGCCACCGCUCCCUGCACGGGGCGCCAUCUGGGCGACAUCGGCGCCGCUCCGCUGCGCUCCUCCCGACCCUCUUCAUCCUCCUCCCUUUCCUCGAGGAGGAGGACGCCGCCCCCAGCGGUCGCCGCGGGGGCGGCUCGCCCGUCCGUCCGAGGGGGUCCGGGGCGGGCGGCCGCGGCGCGCAGCCUCCCUUGCACACCAGGGGGCCGCUCCGGAG